GACUGUCAGACAACUAAAUUUUCAAAAUGGCGACUACUACGGAUAUGAAAGGAAAUGUUGUUAAAAUGGAGAUUGACUACAGUGAAACUGUAGAUAAGAGAAUACCAGAGUGCGAAGCAUUAGCAUCCGAUGGAAAACUCAAUGAAGCCCUAGAGAUUCUUUUGGCCCUCGAGAAGCAAACUCGGACGGCUGCAGACAUGCAUUCCACAAGUCGUGUUUUAGUCUGCAUAGUCCAACUCUGUUUCAAGAACAAAGACUGGAAUGCACUGAAUGAACAUAUUGUGAUCCUAACAAAAAGAAGGAGUCAGCUUAAACAGGCUGUAACCAAAAUGAUCCAGGAAGCUUUUACCUAUGUGGAACAAACUCCUGAUCUAGAAACUAAAUUGAAAUUAAUAGACACUCUCAGAACAGUCACUGCAGGCAAGAUAUAUGUUGAGAUUGAGAGGGCCCGUCUGACAAGGAUGCUUGCUAAGAUAAAGGAAGACCAGGGAGAUAUUGCAGAGGCAGCCAACAUCCUACAAGAGCUGCAGGUGGAGACAUAUGGGUCUAUGGAAAAGAGGGAAAAAGUGGAAUUCAUCUUGGAGCAAAUGAGAUUAUGUUUGGCUAAGAAGGAUUACAUUAGAACACAGAUCAUCAGUAAGAAGAUCAGCCCAAAGUUUUUUGAAAAUAAUCAGGAGCAGGAUCUAAAGCUGAAGUUCUACCAGCUAAUGAUUGAGGUGGCACGACAUGAGGGAAGCUACCUAGAUAUCUGUAAAUACUACAGAGCUAUGUUUGAUACACAGUCUGUCUUAGAGGACAAAGAGAAAAAGCAUGAGGUGUUAAGAAAUGUGGUGCUGUUCCUUGUUCUUUCACCAUAUGAUAAUGAACAAUCAGAUCUCAUUCACCGUGUUGGGGAAGAGAAAACUCUGGAGGAAAUAUCACUUUACAGAGAUCUCCUGAAAUGCUUCACCACAGCUGAACUUAUGCGUUGGUCUUACAUAAAAGAGGUUUAUGAAGCUGAACUAAGAACAGGUCCAUCUGCAACUGGUGUGUUUGAGGAACACACAGAUGAAGGCAAAAAGCGCUGGGAAGACUUACAAAAACGGGUUGUUGAACAUAAUAUCCGGGUCAUGGCCAAGUACUACACCAGAAUAACACUAAGAAGAAUGAGCCAGUUGUUGGACUUAACUGUUGAUGAGACUGAACUGUUCCUCUCUGAGUUAGUGGUGUCCAAAACAGUUUUUGCCAGAAUUGACCGCCCUGCAGGCAUCGUUACGUUCAGUGCACACAAGGAAUCUAAUGAGAUUCUUAAUGAAUGGUCUCACAACCUCAACACUCUGAUGCAGCUUCUCAAUCGCACAACUCAUCUCAUUACCAAGGAAGAAAUGGUGCACAAACUUGUACAAAUGUAACUUAUUCUGUGUUUGACUGAGACCAUGUCUGUUACUAUUUCAAUUUUAUACAGUCCAAUAGUUGUCUUGUGCUAGUCAAUAAAAAGUGUAAAACAUA